CUGCCCUGCCCUUGGGAUCUCCGGCUCAGGUCCCCCGUCCCAGCAGCAUCUCUCGGCUGCCGCCUGCGGACCAGCGUCUUCUCGCCAUGGCUCCCUCCAGCCCGGCGGCAUCAGGCUCCCCACUGAGAGUGUGGGGUGUGCUACUGGCAGUGCUGGGCAGAGUGCUGUGCCAAGAGCCUGAACAUCCCCGUGGCUGUUCCCAAGGCAGCUGCUAUCCAGCCACGGGAGAUCUGCUCGUCGGCAGGGCUGAUCGAGUCUCUGCCACUUCCACCUGUGGCCUGCGACACCCACAGCCUUACUGCAUUGUCAGUCAUUUGCAGGAUGAGAAAAAGUGUUUUGUGUGCGACUCACGCCGACCUUAUGAUCCUGUGUCCAACCGUAACAGCCAUCGCAUUGAGAACGUGAUCACUGCCUUUGCCCGCCAUCGCAAGAAGACCUGGUGGCAGUCAGAGAAUGGAGUGGAGCAGGUCAGUAUCCGCCUGGACUUAGAGGCUGAAUUCCACUUCACACACUUAAUCAUGACUUUCAAGACCUUCCGACCUGCAGCCAUGCUGGUGGAACGCUCAGCAGACUUUGGCCGCACCUGGCAGGUGUACCGCUACUUUGCCUAUGACUGUGCAGCAUCCUUCCCCACUGCAUCCCGUGGACCCUUGAGACGAGUGGAUGAUGUUAUCUGUGAGUCACGAUACUCAGAAAUUGAACCUUCUACAGAAGGGGAGGUCAUCUACAGAGUGCUGGAUCCAGCUAUUCAAAUCCAUGACCCCUACAGUCCAAAAAUUCAGAAUCUCCUGAAAGUCACCAACCUGAGGAUGAACUUGACUAAAUUGCACACUCUGGGAGAUAACCUCUUGGAUUCACGCCGGGAAAUCAAGGAGAAGUACUACUAUGCGGUGUAUGAGAUGGUGCUGCGCGGCAACUGCUUCUGCUACGGGCAUGCCUCGGAAUGUGCCCCUCUCGCUGGCAGACCUGCUGCUGUUGAAGGCAUGGUACAUGGUCGCUGUGUCUGCAAGCACAACACCAAAGGGCUGAACUGUGAGCUGUGCAGUGACUUUUACCAUGAGCUGCCCUGGCGCCCAGCUGAGGGACGCCGCACAAAUGCCUGCAAGAAGUGCAACUGCAAUGAACACUCCCACCGGUGCCACUUUGACAUGGCUGUGUACCUGGCCACGGGCAACUCCAGUGGUGGUGUCUGUGAUGAAUGCCAGCACAACACCAUGGGCCAUCACUGCCAGAUCUGCAAACCAUUCUACUAUAAGGAUCCCACCAAGGACAUUCGUGACCCUGGCGUGUGCCAAGCCUGUGACUGUGACCCUGAUGGGACCUUAGAUGGUGGGGUGUGUGACACACACGAUGAUCCAGCGCUGGGGCUGAUUGCCGGACUGUGUCGGUGCAAGGAGCAUGUGGAGGGGGCACGCUGUGACAAAUGCAAGUUUGGCUUCUUCGGACUGAGUGCAGAAAACCCACAAGGCUGCCAGCGCUGCCAGUGUGACCCCCGAGGCACAGUGCAGGAGGGGGCCCAAUGUAAUGCUAUCACGGGCAACUGCUUGUGCAAACGCUUGGUUACCGGGCGCAGCUGCAAUCAGUGCCUGCCUGAGCACUGGGCUUUGAGCUCCGAUCUGUAUGGCUGCCGUCCUUGCGAUUGCGAUGUAGGGGGUGCCUAUGACAACCAGUGUGCCACAGAAACGGGACAGUGUCGCUGCCGCAGCCACAUAAUCAGCCGGCAAUGUAAUCAAGUUCAGACUGGCUAUUACCGCAUAGCGUUGGAUCACUACAUGUAUGAGGCUGAAGAAGCCCGCCUCCACCAGUUUCCAGGAAAAUGGGAAGAAGUGAAGGUGUCCGUGGUGCGUCCUGGGCCUAUCCCCACCAGUAGUCCAUGUGGAAACAUCAUCCCUGCUGAUGACUUGAUGUCUACAGCUCUGCUAUCCACAUCCCGGUACAUUGUGCUGCCACAGCCAGUCUGCCUAGAGCAAGGAAUCAGGUACACCAUUAGGGUGGAGUUUACCCAUUACGGAGGGCGUGACCAUUUGCAAGGUGUUGCUGUACUCUUGGACUCUUUGGUACUGGUGCCACGUUACUCCUCCUUGGAGAUGUUCAUUGCUGGGGAUGCCGCCUCUAAUGCUCGCAAAGAGACCUUUGAGCACUACCGCUGUGCCCAGCAGGCUCGUCCUGUGAUUAAGGUGCCCACCCCGGAGUCUUGUGCCAGCUUGCUCACCAGCAUGUCAGCCAUCAUUCACCAGGGGGCACUCCCCUGCCAGUGUGACCUCCAGGGCUCUUUGAGCCUCGAGUGCAAGCCAGAUGGCGGUCAGUGUCAAUGCAAGCCUCACGUCAUGGGCCGUCGCUGUGAGCGCUGUACUCCUGGCGCCUUUGGCUUUGGGCCUGGUGGCUGCAAGCCAUGCCAGUGCAGCAGCCAAGGGUCCUUGAGCAGUUUUUGCGACAACUUCAGUGGGCAGUGUCCCUGCCGGCCAAGUGUCUUUGGGCUUCGCUGCGACCACUGCCAGCCUGGUCACUGGGGCUUCCCAAACUGCCAUCCGUGCCAGUGUAAUGGCCGCUCAGAGGAGUGUGAGUCGCGGACAGGCAGCUGUUUGCAUUGCCGGGGCCACACGGAAGGAGAUCGGUGUGAGAGAUGCACGGCCGGAUUCUACGGGAACCCAGCGCUGUCCUCGGGUGGCCACUGCCGCCCUUGCCCCUGCCCUGAGGCUCCUGGCUCUGGGCGCCAUUUUGCAGUCACCUGCCACCAAGACAACCCCUCUGGAACUGUAAUGUGCAGCUGCCUCAGAGGUUAUACAGGCCCGCGCUGUGACGAGUGUGCUCCUGGUUACUAUGGCAACCCUUGGCAGGCUAGGGGACGAUGCCAGCCCUGCGCCUGUAAUAACAACAUUGAUCUGGCAGACCCCAAAUCCUGUGAUCGACGCACAGGGCAAUGCCUUCAGUGCCUCUACCACACAGAGGGAGACCGGUGUCAGCAUUGCCAAAAGGGUUACUAUGGCGAUGCCACUCGACGUACCUGCCGCCGUUGCUCUUGUAACUCUCUGGGUACCGUCCAGAGCAAAUGCUCCUCACAAGAGCAGUGCCAGUGUGAUCGGUACAGUGGGAAGUGCCAAUGCCUACCCAGUGUCCAAGGACAGAACUGUGACCGUUGCGCCCCCAACUUCUGGAACUUAACCAGUGGGCAGGGCUGCCAACCAUGUGAUUGCCACCCCCAUUACUCACUGAGCCCUGCUUGUAAUCAGUUCACAGGGCAGUGCCAGUGCCGGCCUGGAUUUGGGGGGCGCACCUGUUCAGAAUGCCAGGAGAACCACUGGGGUCAGCCAGGUCAGCAAUGCAGAGCCUGCGACUGUGAUCCACGUGGGAUCGAGAAGCUGCAGUGUCACCGUGCCACCGGGCACUGCUCCUGCCACCCGGGGGUCUCAGGCGUGCGUUGCGACCAGUGCUCCCGGGGCUUUGCUGGUGAAUUCCCUGCCUGCCAGCCCUGCCACCAAUGUUUUGGAGACUGGGAUCGCAUCGUGCAAGAUUUGGCUGCCCACAUCCGCGGCCUGAUGCAGCGGGCCCAACAGCUCCACCAGACGGGGCUCACUGGGGCUUUUGAGGGCCCCUUCCGUCGACUGCAGGACAAACUGAGCACCAUCCAGGCCGUGGUCAGCGCUCGCAACGCGACCGCCAGCACCAUCACUCACCUCUUGCGUAACAUGGAUGAUGUCCGGCAGGAGAUAGCUGAUGUAACAGAAACACUGACCCAGCUGGAGGGAUUGCUGACAGCCACCCAGGACAAGAAUUUUAAUGCCAACCAUGCGCUGGGUACCCUGGAGCGUGGCGUUCGGAGCCUCAACUUCAGCCUAGCAGACCUGAAACACCAGCUUAAGAUUCUCAUCAAUACCAAUGUGUUGG